AGCAGGACCCAGAAACGCCUCCUUCGUUUUUUAGUUUUAUGACACCUUUCACGAAACUCUAUUUAAACUCUGAUUAAAACUGUUCAAAAAUAUUUCUUUAGCAAAAAUGGAUACAACUGUGAGUCUACCACACCAACCCGACAAAACCACCACAAUAACUUUGGUGGAGACCAGCAGUAAUCCUAAUGGAAUGGUGCUGGUUAGCCCCUACCAAACUAAUCGGGUUGGGGAUCCUAUGGAUCUGGUUGUUCUGGCACAGCAAGUACAAAAGGGAGAUGAGUUUAUCAGAGCCAAUGCUUGCAACAAACUCACAGUCAUUGCUGACCAGAUAAGAUACCUUCAGGAGCAGGCAAGAAAGGUGUUGGAAGAUGCCAAGAAAGAUGCUGAGCUUCACCAUGCAGCCUGCAAUGUUGUGAAGAAACCAGGAAACAUGUACUACCUGUACAUGCGUGAAUCUGGACAACAAUACUUCUCAAUUUUGUCUCCAAGGGAAUGGGGUCCAAACUGCCCUCACAAGUUCCUUGGUGGAUACAAACUCCAGCAUGACAUGUCUUGGACACCACAAGAGGUGGUUGAAAAGAGGGACGCUGAAAUUGCCAUCAUGGACAAACUGUUGAACAGCCAAACAGCUCUGCCAGCUUGCACAGAGCCCAACUUUGAGAGUCUUUCAAAGUGAGAGGGCAUUACUCAGUUGAGGACAGUCUUAUCUGGCAGUGGAAGCCACCAAGAUUUAAAGGCUGGGUUUAAUAUGCAGGGCAAAUCAAUGAAUAGCUUUAGUUUUAAAGUGCAUUUGACUUUUCAGUCUCCUUCCAUAGAGAAAGAGUCAGUCAUCAGUCAGAUGUUUUGCUUUUACUACUGGGCCACACUGUGGACAAAACAGUUUUUUUUUUUUCUUCCUGAUAUUAUCAGUAUCUUUACAAUCUGUCAUUUAUUUAAAGGGAUAGUUCACCCCAAAAUGUGAAACUAACUUCAGAUAAACUCUUCUGAUAAACUUACCAUGUCAUUUUAAAUCUGUAUGACUUUUCUUCUUCUGUGAGACACAAGAGACUACAUUUUAAAGAAUGUUGAUGCUGUUUUGUCUUCCAUGCAAUGAAAGUGUAUGGUGCGGAGCCCUUAGGGACAGAAUUUAUUAGUAGCAGCGUUGCUUUACCUCGCAAUAGCUAUAUCCAUCCCUUAUGACAAUUAAUCAUGGUUUCACCACUGUAACCAUAGUUUAGCUGUGGAUUUGUGGUAAAACCACACUAACCACAACAUUUUCCAUGGUUUUAUUACAGGAACCAUUUUGUUACCAUUAUAGUUAUAGUAAAAUCUUAAUAAAACCAAUACCAUCAUAUUAAAAAUCAACCUUCUUUCCGUAUAACAGUUUUACUAUACUAACAUGGCUAAUUUGUGGUUCAUGUUCCUACCAAAAAACAUGGUUACUGCAGUUUUACAUAAGGGCAUUUUUUUUUUUUGGUAGUAACCAUGUUUUUUAAAACCAUGGAGGUUGAUAAACCUUGGUGUUACUGUAGUAAACAUAAUUUUCUUUCUCUCAGAAUGAUUCUUAUUACUAUAGUUUUUGUUUUCCUAUUGUUUUACUUCAAGUAGCAUGGUUAAAGAAUAGUUACAGUUGUAAAACCACUGUGACUUUUGUCAUUAUGGUUGAACUAUGACUACUGUAUAUGUAUAUUGCUAUGGUUUUACUAAUAAUACCUUAGUCAAUUCCUUAUAAUCUGCCUUACAUCUCCAUUUGUGUUCCACAAAAUAAAUAAAGUCAUAAGGUUUUUAAAUAUCACGAGGGCUUAGUAAAUGAUGACAUAAUUUGGGGUAAACUAUCCCUCUGUGUUCUGAAACGAAUUUAAAAGAUUUUAAUGGGAAAACUUUUAUGUAUUUUUGUUCUGAAUUUUGCUUUCACAAAUGUAUCUUUUAAAUCAAGAACAACACAUUUU